AUCGGAUACGUCAAUCGUAGCCACGCACUCGUUAUUAGGCAUGGGCCUAAAAACUGUCCUAAAAAAUGUUUUAAAUAUCCAACUUGGAGCUGCAAGUGGAAUUUUCUUACGUAUCCUUGUUAAAUGUGCAUCGUCGGAAGAGUACUUAAUACCUCGACAUUGUAUUCAGUGUUUAUCUGUGCUGCUUCGAGCACAAGAAGCAGCCACAUGGUCUAGUUCAUCUACGAUGCAAGUGUUGGAUGUUAUUUUAUCAUUUACCAUACACUAUAAACCAAAAUUAAGACAAUCAGCACAACAUGGAAUAUGUGCCAUAUUAAACGGAGUUGAUAUCAUGAAAGGUGAAAACCCACCGCAAUAUCAUCCAGCUAUUCAUCCAUACAUUGCAAAAUUCUGUAUUGGUCAACUUGACUCCGAGUACGAUGGUACUACAAAUGUUCUUCAUGUCCUUACACUACUAAAAGACAUUUUUCAUCAUUUACCAAAGAUUCAUGUGAAGGUAUUUGUCAACAUUUGUUAAGGAAAUA